AGACAGAGACAGAGACAGUGAUGAAUGAAUGAAUGAAUCUCAUAUAAGUAAUCAUAGAUUUCCCUUUCUCAGAACUCCAGCUACCUCUCCCUCUUCCCUCUUCUCUCUUCUCUCUCUCUCUCUGGAACUUCCAUUCACCACGGUUCCAGAGAAAACUCAAAAAAACCAAAACGCGUCCUCUUUAAGACCCGCCAAUAAAACAAAACAAAAUAGAGAAAUAAAAGUCAAGAAACAAAGAAAGAGAAAGAAAUGGCCACAUUUUCCUCCUUCUUGUAAAGCCAAUGCUAUUCUAACCCUUCACAAACACCCUUUCAUUUUCCUCCACCAAGAACCGUUUUUUCCACCGACCCACUAUCCAAAACCACCCUCUUUCCCCUUCCCCAAUGCUUCCCCCCCGCUUAAGUGCCGUCGUUUCGUCCCUCAUUCUAUGCUGUCUCUUACCCGCCUUUUGCCUUGGAAUCCGAUCUUUUCCGACCACCAUCGCCGCCGGCGAUGCUCUCUUCCACUACGCCGAGGCGCCGGAGUACCGAAACGGGGCGGGUUGCCCCGUAUCCACGACCCGUGACUCAGUCCUCUCGUGUGACCCGUCUUUGGUCCACAUCGCCAUGACCCUCGAUUCCGGUUACCUCCGUGGCUCCAUAGCCGCCGUGCACUCUGUCCUCCGCCACUCAUCGUGCCCGGAAAACGUGUUCUUCCACUUUGUCGCGGCGGAGUUCGACCCGGCAAGUCCUCGGGUCCUGACACGACUGGUGAGGUCCACUUUCCCUUCGUUGAACUUCAAAGUCUACAUUUUUAGAGAAGACACGGUUAUAAACUUGAUCUCUUCUUCGGUUCGUCAAGCACUCGAGAACCCUUUGAACUACGCAAGGAACUACCUCGGAGACAUGCUUGAUCCGUGUGUGGACCGAGUCAUUUACCUUGACUCGGACGUUGUUGUUGUUGAUGACGUUGGCAAGCUGUGGAACGUGUCACUCACCGAGUCACGUGUUAUUGGUGCACCAGAGUAUUGUCAUGCAAAUUUCACGAAGUAUUUCACGGAUGAGUUUUGGUUGGACCCUUUGUUGUCACGUGUGUUUGGUUCUAGAAAGGCUUGCUAUUUCAACACGGGGGUGAUGAUCAUGUACCUUGUGAGGUGGAGGGAAGGGAACUAUAGGAAGAGGAUUGAAAAUUGGAUGGAACUGCAGAGGAAGAAGAGGAUUUAUGAGUUGGGUUCUUUGCCUCCUUUUUUGCUUGUUUUUGCUGGGAAUGUUGAGGCUAUUGAUCAUAGGUGGAACCAGCAUGGGCUUGGAGGGGAUAAUGUGAAUGGAGUGUGUCGGUCAUUGCAUCCUGGGCCUGUUAGUUUGUUGCAUUGGAGUGGCAAAGGGAAGCCUUGGGUUAGGCUUGAUAAUAAGCAACCUUGUCCGUUGGAUCGACUUUGGGAGCCUUAUGAUUUGUAUAAGCCACGCCAGUUUCAGAAUAGGGUCAGGGAUCAGCCUUGGAGUUUCUCUUCUUCUAUGUUGGUUGGAUAUGCUCAUGAUUUGUUAUGAUACGAGGACGAUGAUGAUUCUUUGGUACAUUUGUUGUUCAGAGAUUCUUUGGUAGCAGUGUACAGAUUGAUUGGGAGGGGGGGUCUUCAUUCUUUCUGUAGAAUUUUUACUUUUAUUUUUUGAGAUGGUUAAAUUCUUCUUGUUUACAUAUGAAAUUUGGAUUCUUUUUGUGAUGGGGGGUUCCAUUUCUUGGAACAAUUUUGGUGGCGGGGUUAAAGUUCUUUGUAAGGGACCAUUAUUGAUUGUAUGUUCCAAAUGAAGUGCAGAAUAACAGACAGUUGUUCAUUGUUUUAUUUGGAUUGGGUUUCUAUCAUCUUUUGUUUCCUUUCCUACCUGUUGCCAUUAAUCAAUGAAUGAUGAAAUGUUAGGUUUUGGUUUGUUUUGUGUGUCCUUCCAAACAUAGUUAAAAAAAAAAGUUAAAAGAAACUUUGUAGCUACAAGGUGCUUGUGAUGACACAUUGCCACUCAUCAUGAUCCAGAGUUGAUCACGGAUUCACCAUGAUUUAUUGGGUAAGGUAGAAUAAAGUGAAAUAUGAAAUGCUAGUAGGUUCACUCACGGUUGUUUCCUUUGCCUUCAGGAAACUGAAAUGCCUAACCUCAGUGAUCGUUGUUUUCAUUCAUCAACUACUUUAGACCCCACACAGCUCAUUUUAUUUGGAAAGUUCUUCGCGUAAGGUUAAAUCAUUGCAUUUUCAUCUUGACUCGCAAUUUUCUUUAGACACGUCAUGUCAUGAAGUUUUCUGAAGACGUCCACGAGAAUCCAAGGUAGGAUUGCUAGUAACUCGUAUAAGAAUAUUAAUAAUAAAUCAAUAAUGUUUUUUAUUUUAUUUUUAUAUUUGUACAUUGUGUGAUGAAGUUUUUAUUGCCCUUUCUUUUGUGUCCAAUAUGAAGUCGUGGCUUCCCAUCCGGGUUUACCAAAGUUGACCAGCUGAGAUGUACCGUUAUAAUGUCAAUUUCAAAUGAAAUUUCGCACUUGC